GAUUAAUUUUUCGCUCCUGCCUUUUAUGGUUUCCGUUUAAAAAUGUAAAUUACUUUGAAUCCCUAUUUAACGCAGAAUGAGUAUGAUGUUUGAUUGUGAGAAAAUAUGAAAUAAUCUGAGUAAAAAUGAAAAAUUGGAAUAAAAGUUCGGAUCAGAUUUCCUGAAGAUGUGACAUACAAUGUAUCAAGUUCGUGUUUAUUCAAUUCACCUCUAAACAGAUAUUGAAAGAGUUGCUCUAACAGUGAUAAAGUGGUGAAUAUUUCAUCAACUCACAAGUCACUCAUUGUUAGUUUCCCUACAAAUCCGAUGAAUAUUUCCUUUUCCUACUUUUAUGCUUAUAUGAGCUUGAGCUAUGGUGUGAUUUUGAGCUGUGGUGGGACUUUAGGAGAAAGGUUGGGUAAUAGGAAGACAGAACCAACUUUAAACCAAAACUCAGUUUUCAAAUGAAAAAGUCAACACAAAUCACAUGGUCAUCAUAUGUUUCAACAGCUGUGACUGAGUAUUAACUACUCUGUAUUUUGAUUUGUAACUUUACAAUCAAAGAUUACCUGUGAUAUUCCAUAUCUUUGUUCGAAAGUUAAGGUGUCUGUGACCAUAAGGUAAUUAUGCCGAUUUUCAUACCUUUAUUUUGAUCCAUUUUCUUGGUUGAUAUUUCAGAUACCACCUGAAUUGAUAUUCCCCCAUAUCACGAUAAUACUGAAGGAUGUAACGCUUAAAACCGCACGAAUGAAGGAGGAGGAUCUGGAAUCUAUCCGCUAUACAGUAAAAUUGUAUUCAAUUGUUCUUGUUUACAGUUAGUUGAGAGACUUUAAACAUCACCUACUCGCUAGUUUUCUGAAUCUCUUUAUCAAAUUUAGUGGGCAAUCUAAACCUAUCUAAUUUUAUUGUAUUUCUUCAGACAACCAACAUGAAUCCUGAUCAACUCAGAGAAUGUGAAAAAAUUGCCAUUGAAUUGGCUAAAAGGGCUGGACUCAUGAUGAUGGAAACAAGUGGACGAAAUACUAAUAUUGAAACCAAGCUAUCACCUGUUGAUUUGGUUACUGAAACAGAUAAAGCCGUGGAAAAACUAGUUUUUGACGAGCUGAAAAAAAGAUUUCCGGAUCACAGAUUUAUUGGUGAAGAAUCUUUUACUGGCAAAGUCAACUUGACUGACUGUCCAACAUGGAUUAUUGAUCCUAUUGAUGGAACCAUGAAUUUUGUUCAUACCUUUCCGUUUUGCUGCAUCAGCAUUGGAUUGACUGUUGGCAAAGAGGUCAUUUUUGGCUUGAUUUAUUCACCUUUCUUGAACAAAUUAUAUACUGCUAAAAAAGGCCAAGGUGCUUAUUGUAAUGGUGAGCCUAUCCACGUAAGACAUUGUGAUUCCUUCAAAUCAGCCUUACUAAUCAAUGAACUAGGAAGCAAUCGAACCGAUGAGCAUCAGAAAAUUUAUUUUGGAAAUUUAGCCGCUAUUGGAUGGAAAUGUCAGGGAGUACGAUCGUUAGGAUCAGCUGCUCUUAAUGCAUGCAUGCUGGCUAAUGGUUAUGUUGAUGCUUAUUUUGAGUAUGGUCUACACUGUUGGGAUUUAGCGGCUGGCUCGAUUAUCAUCCAGGAAGCUGGUGGAACUGUUCUUGAUCCAGAAGGUGGACCUUUCAAUUUAAUGUCCAGGCGCAUAUUGGCUGCUUCUAACGAAAAGGUCGCUCGAGAAAUUCAGGGCUUAUCGUUGGCCAUAGCUCUUACGAACAUGAUUAAUCAUUCGCUUAGUUUGAUAUGCAAGCUUCAUCAAACUCAUUCCAAUGCGAAAAAAUAUGGUAUUAAACAGAUAAAAUUGCAUAUUGAAAAGAAAUGCAAUUGAAUUUAUUUCGAACUGUAUCAAACAAACCUUAAUACAUUGAUUAAUGGCUCAUCUAAUCAUUUCCCUCAAUAUAUCGAUAUGUUCUUUUUGUCAUA